AUGUUCUACUACAUCUCUUUCCUCCGUCCUCCUCCCGUGCAAGCAGCACCUUACGGAACCAUCUCAAUCAAACCACAAAUAUCUAACGACUUGCGCACUGAGCCUUUCGAUGGAGAACAAGAACUCUUCUACUCAUGGACCCAAGAGGGCACCCGUCAGCCUCGAACUACCAAACCCAUAAAACUCACGACAUGGCGCCUCUCAUCCGCGUACAAGGAUAUCCCUCUGCCCGUUCCAGCAGGCGUGCGCGAGGGAGACCGGUGGCGAUUGACACUGACCGGCCAGCCGCAGGCACAUGGACACUUGACUCCGGAGUGCAUCGACCUCAGCUCGUCCCAGGUCGGCAGGGUGCCGUUCCCUGUGAUGUCCAUGCCCGUUAUUUUCCACGGACGCGGGCACAAGGGAUCGCCAAAACAGGAGAUGGUGGAGAGGACGUAUCUCGUCCCGUAUGUCUACCGCGACCUUUCUUCGGUGACCGAAGACGACCCAAUCCCUGCAGGCGAGAAGCAGAUGGCCGCUUUGCAUAUAAGAGAAAACACCUCGUUUGAUCUCGACAAGAAAAUUUGGGAUAGUGGAUUAGGGCUCUGCUCAUGGUUAAUCGAAUUGAAAGAAAAUCCUGCUCUCCGAGCAGAUAACGUGGAGCUGCAACGCCUUCGCGAUUCUUUAUUUUCCGAUGAACCUCGCAAAAUAUUGGAACUGGGUGCCGGUGUUGGAAUUCUUCUCGCUGUAAUUGCAACUUUGAGGUCGGAUCUGACCAAUGUCAAGACAGGAACUGACAACCUUUUCGCAACUGAUGUUGAAAGCGCCAUGCCCCUUCUAGAAGAAAACAUCUCCAUCAAUGAUAUUUAUUACAAAUCUAACCCUCCAAAAGCACUGGUCCUUGAUUGGGACGACGAAGAACUCCCAGAAGCAGUCAAGACACUUCAAAAUCUCGAUGCCAUCGUAAUGGCAGACGUAACCUACAACACCGCUUCGUUCCCUUCACUCUGCCGUACACUGUCCACUCUCGUCCGCAUGGGCCCCAAAGCGCCCACUGUAAUUCUGAGCUACAAGGUCAGAGACGACGCGGAACGCGAUUUCUGGAAAAUGGCGGUGGACGUAGGGAUUGAUUUCGUCAAAAUCGGUCAGCGCGUGGGUGCUGGUGGUGCGCCAAUAGAAAUUUGGUCGGGGCAUGUACGGCAAGUGUAG